AUGUCGCCGUCGGAAGCUCCGAGUAGCUCCCGGCGCUUAUUGCGCCCAAAGCUCCGACAAGCAACCUUUGUCCUCCCACGAACCGGUCAACGUCUGAAAGGCCUUGUGAGCCUGCGUAACAAUACACAAACAACGGCGGUCCCCGAUGACGACAAUGAGCGCGAGGAACGGCGCGGGCUGCUUACGGGCGAGAUCGAGACACACAAUGGGAUAUUUACCAGGUUAUGGACACGGUUACGAGAGCUAUGGUUAUCAAUGCACCAGCUUAUCGUCUCUGAGCCGGGUAUUGGGGUCUUGAAAUGCGGGCUGGCUUAUUUUCUGGGCUCGCUUGCGACUUUCAUUCCUGCUAUUUCUUCUUUCCUCGGACAUCAAGAUGGAAAGCAUAUGGUGGCUACCGUCACAGUGUACUUCCACCCGGCGAGAUCCCAGGGCAGCAUGUUCCGCGCUUUGAUCUGCGCGCUGCUCGCGUUCUGUUACUCUUCCUUUCUCUCAAUCACGAGUAUGCUGGUUGAGAACUUGUUUCAGGAUACUCUGAACAUGCCUGUAGCUGGCCAUGCCAUCGUCCUCGUUGUAUUUUGCGGUGGUGGGCUGGGUUUCGUUGGCUGGAUCAAGCAGCGACUCGGUGAUCCCCUCGUCAACGUCGCCUGCUCACUCACGGCCCUUUCGACGAUCACUAUUUUGACCAAGGAAGGAGCCGUUCAGAGCGGAGAUCUCUCCUUAACCAAGAUCUCUCAGGUUCUAAAAAUGGUCGUCAUGGGUGUGGUGUUUGCCAUGCUCGUAUCCUUUUUGAUCUUCCCCAUUUCUGCGCGGAGGAAACUUCGCGCAAACCUGGUCACGGUCACGGAUACGCUGGCCACCAUGCUGGCCAUAAUCACGGAGAGCUUCCUGAGCGGUUCUGAGCAAGAACUCACAUCAGCUGAAUUUACCGAGGCUGAAGCAAAACACCGAAAGGCCUACGGCCAACUUGACAAGUUGGUCCGAGAGGCCAAGCUUGAGCACUACGCAGCUGGCUCUGAACAAGAGUAUCGCUUGGAGAAGAAGCUCGUCCGCUGGGUGCAGGACAUCACGCAUAAUAUGGGAGGAUUGCGGAGUGCCGCCUCUCUGCAAUUCAGUCUGAUUCGAGAAACAUUUGCUCGGGAGACUCGCUCCUCGGAAGGAGCACAGGCUACCCCAAUUGAAUACUUUGCAAGUCUCGAGCGGGGCUGGUCGUAUCAUGAUGGUCCCUUCCUGGAACCGAUUGAUGAACGCCCGGAGGAAGAACUAUCUUCAGGAAGGAGCACGCACACUCCAGUUCUGGAUGCCAAUACAGAUGUAAAUAACAACGCAUCUGCUCUUCCCGCUGAUGUUUUCACGAUAUUCAUCUCUCACUUGGGCCCAUCUAUGCGGUCAUUAGCCUUUACAUUAAAGGAGAUUUUUAGGGAGAUCCCGUUUGGCCCUGCUCCAGACUACAAUGUGUCCGUGGACAGUCGCCUCAGAACGAGUCUUGAUCGUGCUCUUGAACUUUACCGAGAGUCACGGGAAAAGACUCUCAAGUCCCUUUACCAGCAAACAGAGGCGAUGAGAUUCAAUAACCAAGAAGCUGAAGCGGACCUUGAAGAGGUAUCCGCUAGCUGUGGUCACUUCAGUUUUUCGCUCCUGGAAUUUGGAGAGCAGCUUCAUGAGUUGUUGGGCAUUCUUGAUGAGCUGCAACUCGAAGCUGAAGAAAGGCCCGGUGGUCGAUCUUAUAGCUGGAUGAAGUUCUGGCAGACCAAAAUAUCAGAACCUGUUGAAUCUGAUUCUCUAUUUGUUGGCCCUGUGAAUGGCCGGCAACGACACCCGUCCGGCCCUUUCAGUCUUGACGACAGGGUAUCUGCUGCAGUUCGGGGACGCAUGCGCCCAACCUCAGAGAACAGCGUGAAAGAAAGACUGGGCUACCGUCUCUGGAAAUCCCUGAAGUGUCUUCGACGGGACGACACCAAAUACGCGAUCAAGGUUGGGGCAGGAGCUGCACUUUACGCUCUGCCAGCUUUUCUACCUUCCACUCGCACGUUUUACCAGCAUUGGAGAGGUGAAUGGGGGUUGUUGUCAUACAUGCUAGUCUGCUCAAUGACGAUUGGGGCAUCGAAUACUAUAGGAUAUGCCCGAUUCCUGGGUACCUGUCUCGGGGCCCUUUGUGCAAUCCUGUCCUGGUAUAUCACGAGUGGAAACGUCUUCGGUCUUGCAUUUGUCGGUUGGUCGAUGGCCACAUGGACGGCAUGGAUUACCAUUGUCAAGGGCAAUGGGGCCAUGGGACGGUUUAUCAUGCUCACGUACAACCUGUCCGUACUUUACGCAUAUUCGCUCGCCCAAAAGGACGCGGAUGGUGACCAGGACGAAGGUGGUCACAAUCCAAUUAUCUCUGAAAUUGCGCUUCAUCGAGUCGUUGCGGUGUUGUCAGGUUGUGUCUGGGGCGUCAUCAUCACGCGCUUGAUAUGGGCGAUCAGCGCACGAGAACGGCUUAAAGAUGGUCUCAGCAUUCUCUGGCUUCGGAUGGGACUUGUGUGGAAGCGCGACCCGCUGUCUGCCAUGGCAAAGAAUGGCCGCUCUGUAGUCUGCAUGACUGCCCGAGAGAAGCUCCAGCUUGAACGAUAUCUAAACCGUUUGGAAUCGCUUCUGGCCGCUGCAAGCUCCGAGUUUGAUUUGCGGAUGGCAUUUCCAAAGUCUGCAUACGCGACUAUCAUUCGACGUACGCGGGACAUGGUGAAUGCCUUCCAUGCGAUGAAUCUAGAGCUCAUGAAGAGCGAAACAGCCACCGAGGGUGAAAUCAGUCUCCUUCGCUAUACUGCCGUAGAACGGCAACAGCUUUCUGCUCGCAUCAGCCAUUUGCUGACCGUAAUGGCAUCGUCCAUGAAACUCGAAUAUCCAUUGAGCGACGUGCUCCCCAGCAUCGAUCACGCUCGCGACAGACUUCUUGCUCGCAUCUACCGUUAUCGCCAAGAUCACGAAGCAUCUCGACUGACGACCGACGAAGACAGCGCGCUACUGUAUGCAUAUAUUUUGGUGACUGGCCAGUUGUCCGAGGAGAUCAAUGAGAUGAUCGCGGAAAUCGGACAGCUAUUUGGAGUCCUGAGCGAAGAUAUAGUAGAUCUAGUGUAG